AUGGCCGAAGACCGAAGCGGGAGCCGCGGCCGGGCGGACGAGGAAAACGUCCGGCCCUCGCACUCUGAGCGCACGCCCUUGCUCAAGGCCAACGGCACCGACGAGGAGGCGGCCCGCGUGAAUGGCGGUGCCCCGGCGCCCGAGGCGAACGGCGUCGUCCCUCACGGGCAGGAGGAGGAGCAGACCGUGCUCGCCGAAGAGGUCUCCUUCGCGAAGCUGUCUCUCAUCAUGGGCACCGCCUGGGUGGGCGUGUUCCUCGGCGCCAUCGAUUCCACCAUCAUCGCGACGCUCGCCGCCCCCAUCGCCAGCGAGUUUCAGUCGCUCAACCUGUACUCGUGGCUCGCAACCGCCUACCUCAUCUCCAACGCCGCCUGCCAGCCCAUCUCGGGGAGGCUGACGGACAUUUUCGGCCGCGGCCCCGGCUUGGUCGUGAGCAACCUCUUCUUCGCCGCGGGUAACCUCAUCUGCGGCCUUGCUCAGGAUGAGGGCACCAUGAUCCUCGGCCGAGUCGUUGCCGGCAUCGGCGGUGGCGGCCUCAUGAGCAUCUCGACGUUCCUGGGCUCAGACCUGAUCCCCCUGCGGCAGCGCGGCGUGGUUCAGGGUAUUGGCAACCUGUGCUACGGCUCAGGGGCCAUGCUGGGUGGCAUCUUUGGCGGCCUCAUCAACGACCACACCAAGUUGGGCUGGAGGCUGGCCUUCCUCGUCCAGGUGCCUCCGGUCCUCGUCUCCGCCGUUGCCGUCGCCAUUCUUGUCAGAGUGCCGCCUAAGCAGUCGGACAAGUCGUACCUCUCGCGCAUCGACUUUGUCGGAGUCUUCCUGACGUCGUCGUUCCUGGUGCUGCUGCUGCUCGGUCUCAACUCUGGCGGCAACCAAGUGCCGUGGACGCACCCUUUGAUCUUGACCAGUAUUCCGCUGUCCGUCGUCACGUUUCUUGGAUUCUUGUGGUGGGAGAGCAAGGCACGACAACCCAUCAUUCCGGUGCGACUCCUCGCAGAACGGACCGUGCUCGCCGCUUGCUUCUGCAACCUUCUCGCGACAAUGGUGGUCAUUGCCGGUCUGUUUUACGUCCCCUUGUACCUGCAGGUCUUGGGCUUCUCGGCAACCGAUGCUGGCGUCAAGAUUUUGCCGUCGCCUGUCGGCGUGUCCAUUUGCUCCAUCGGAGCUGGCUACCUCAUGAAGAGGACUGGUCGCUAUGUCGGUCUCGGCAUCACGGCUCUUCUGAUGGUGAUUUUGGGUAUCGUCUUCUUUACCAUGCAGGGCCGAGAUAGCCCAGUCUGGCUCACGGGCGUUGCCUUUUUCUUCGUCGGUGGCGGCUACGGCGCCAUGCUGACCAUCACGCUGCUGGCGUGCAUUGCCGCCGUGGCCCAUUCUCAGCAGGCCGUCAUUACGUCGGCGACGUAUCUUGCGAGGAGCCUUGGCGGGACCGUCGGCGUCACCAUCGCGUCGGCCGUGUACCAGAACACACUCAAGGCGCAGCUAUGGGAGCGGUUCGGCGACCAGCCCAACGCGGCCGAUGAGAUUCAACGCAUUCGCAAUUCACUGGACGCGCUCAAGUCGCUCCCCGACGGCUGGUACGACGGCGUCAUUGACUCCUUCAUGGAGGCGUUCCGCGCGGUGUGGUUGACGCUGCUCGGCAUGGCGAUUCUGGCCCUAGUUUCCAUCUCGCUGAUGCGACAGCACACUCUCCACGCGACUUUGGAGCGACGAUGA